GGCCUCGCACUGCAUCGACAGUUCAAAAUCUUAACAUCACCGACCAAGUUCACAUUCGUACGGUACAACGAACAGGUUGCCGCAGAAAAAGAUCUACUGCCUUUGACCGCUGGUUCUGAUUCUUCAUAGGAGCACUACGAUUUGGUUUUGGAUGUCAAUCGCUAGUCACACUGACCUCACUUUUUUCAGCACUAACAUUCAGUCAGUCUUAUCAGUCCCAUGAAACCGGUAGUACCAAAACCAAUCCUGUUCCUGAUAUUCUGUGUGUUGAAGUUUCCGCACUAACGACCUCCCAAGAUCCCCCCGAAAGAAAAUCCCGAAUGUCUUUGAUUGCGUAAUCGAGGACGUCGACCCUAUAUAAACCGUAGUCAAUUCUCAAUGGAAGUAUUCUUCUGUACAACCAAACAAGUAGGAGUACCAAAAUAAAUUGAAGUUCUCUGAGUCCACCAUCCCCCGAGUAACUACACAUCGCAAGUAACCAUUACCCACACUCUUUUACCAUGUCCCUCGACCAGUAUUCCCUGUACGGCCUCCUGGCCAAGUUGGAGCAGGAGGAGAAAGAUUUCGACGAGAAGGAACUCAAAACCGAACUCCAAACCCGCUUACUGACCCAAGACGACUUGGAAUUCACCGCGGUGGAGAAAAAGCUCGUCUCGCAAUACGUCCAGAAGCUUCUUGCCCAGGCAAAGGCGGAGGGGAACGGGAAGAAGGAGGAGAAGCUGCAGGAGCUGCUGGCAAAGGUCAGCAAGACCAGUACUUUGAAGGAGCCGCGGGCGAUUCGGAAGCUGAUUUUUGAAUCGAAGAAAGUCGAAACCGAGCACGAAAAAGCAGCGGAAACGCUGCAGAAGUGGCGGGACGGCAAGCACAAGUUGAAAAACGUUGCGGAGGCGGACGCGUUGCAGAGGAAGGAGCGGGAUUUGGGGAAAGAAGUGCGGCAGUUAGGGGAAAAGUUGGAGAAAUUGCGACAGGUAUUCCUAACGAUGAUUUGUUUGUUUCGGAUGCUAGAUUAGCGGUGGACCUGUCUAUCCGCGUAUGGAUAAAGCCUUUGCUUGUUCUUGUUCACCCUCACGCAUGCCCAUCUGAAACAGACCCGUCAGAACUUCGGUGCGACGGACAGCGACGACGAUUUCGACCGUGCGCGACCAACGACCUGGACCAGCGUGAAGCACGUCGUUCCCAACCCCGCAGCGAAGAAUCCAGCGACGAGUAAAAGCAAGAGUGCGUCGGCGAAUAAGGCCACUAUCGCAAAUCGUGGGGGAGGGAACCAGUGGCGGUCGAACGAGAUGACAUUAGCGCAGCAGCUGCAAAUGCGGAUGGUUGCUGAUCUGAAGGCUCAAGAACAGCCGGCGUCGAGAGCGGAGGAGGAUGGCGACACGACCGCGGGAGGAAAGACAGUUGCCACUGCUGCGCAGUCGCAAGUGUCACAACAAGCGACCACAGACAAAGAGCAGGAUUGGGACGAGGGGGAGGAGGACGACUUUUGGGAGGAAAUGCAGCGGGAAGAAGAAGUUUGGAAACAGGUCCCAAGUAAAGACCACACGUGCGGCAGGAAGGCCACAGGCGUUGGAGCGGUUUUGCAAGCGGGUAAAAAGGAUUCUCAAUCUGACGAUGACUCCGACACAGUCGACGUUCACGAUGACGCCCAACAGGCACCGGAAAGCAAGACUACAUCAACAGCGAAGAAAUCGCGAAGUAAAAAUAAGAAAGGAUCUUCGGAUCAAAGGGCAGAUGAAGCGGAACUCGCGAGACUGCUACGAGAGCAGGCCAAAGCGAAGACAAAGAGUACUGCGAAAAAGGGACCGUCAUUUUUCUACACCGCUUACCAAGCUGCGCGGAAGGAGUUUUGCGAAAAUUCGAUUCUGUAUCUUUUGCUGCAGAAUUCACCUGUGAUAGAUGCAGACGCGAUGCGGACGGCUGUCGGCGUGCGAAACCCUUUGGGUCUUGGACCGCAGAAGGCAACGACUACGGACGCGUACAUUCAGUUCUUCACGGGUUGGAAGUUCAGCUUCCCGAUCGGCUUGGCGAACGCGUCGACAAAAUCGCAAGCGAGAAAAGCCGCUGAGAAAGGUGCAAUUUUAGUCGAUCCGGAGUUCGGAUCGCGAAUGAAGGAGAAUGUUGGGAGAUGGUACCCGGUAGUGGCGAACUUGACGCUGCUGGCGACGCUUUUCUGGCAUCGGGGGACGUGGUGGGCUAUGUGUGCAUUUGCUCUGCUGGGAGCACAAACUCUGCUUCUGGAAGUCCCAGAGGCGGCGAGCGCCAUUUGCGUAGUAGAAAAAGCGGGAAAGGAGCAGAGGGAGUUGAUUCUCCUGAAAUCGUUGCACGUCGGAUUGUGGUUAGUUUUCAUGGCAGGUGCGAUUGCAGUCUUUGCGUGGUCGUUUCUGCUCUUCGUCUCUAUUGUAACUUGCGCGCUCUUUGCGUCGCUACAGUAUGCGGCAUGAGUAACUCGAGUCAGUUACUUCAGAUUCAGAGAAGAUGAAAAAACUUUUAAAUGCUCCCGAGUAAGAAAAAGAAAAAUUAGAAGCGGAGUGUUGUCCCUACUCCAGUUC